GGAAUGACCACACCUUCCGUCGUUGAUUUGUAUGUUCAUUAUGAAACGCUUAACGACGAGUCAUCUACUCCAGAAGAGGCAAGUUUCAGUUUUAUCACGUUGAUUCAGUCAUAUUGUUUGAUAACAGAAAGAGGCUGCAUAUCGGUCUAUCUUACGAGGUGUCAAGGGUGGUGAUCAGGAAAAGAGACUUUCCAGCCAGUUCAUCGCCCGAUUCUCCAAUCGCUUUGAAAAUUUAAAAGAAGAAAGCUUCAAUUGCAUCUUAGACUUAUGUGAUGAGGACGACGUCACUAUCCGGAAGCAUGCGGUACAUGACUUGUUGCAGCUAUGCAAGCGUGUUCCGAUUUUUGUUCCACGCGUCUCUGACGUUUUAGUGCAAAUGUUUCAAACCGAUGAUGCAGGAGAGCUGCAGUCCAUUUCUCUGGUUCUCACGCAAUUGUUACAUUUGGAUCCUAAAGCCGCUUUGGCUGGCAUCUUUAAUCAACUUCUCACUAUCAACCCCGACAAUCCUCGAGAGCAUGUGAUGAAAUUCCUCGCGGAACGUAUUAAAAGUCUUCCUGAGAACAAAUUGACUCCUGAAGUGGAGGAGCUUAUCAUUGAGCAGGCCAACAAGGUUCUACGUGAUGUGUCUGAGGAGGAAUUCUCCCUAUUGAUAUCUAUUUUAUCCUCCCUGAAGUGUAUGUCAACCGUUCCAGGCAGACAGAAACUUGUCUUCAUGAUCACUGAGCAAGCUUUACAAGCAUGCCCCGAAUUCAAUCCAGCGGACUCUGCUUGCGUUGCACAGAUCCGAGAGAGCUGUAAACAAGCGGCCAUUUGUGUGUCAAAGAAUGUUCAUGCACGUGAACUGUGCCUUUACUUGUUGAGAAACGUUAUGCCCAACAUCUUAAAUAUUCCUGAGAACUUGGCUGAUGACCGUCUCGCUUUGUUGCGCAUUACUGCCGAGUUUGCAAACUCCCAUCAAUCUUAUCUGAGCUCAUUAUCGGAAAGCGACUUAGACGAGUUUUUGACCUCGACCUUUUGUGCUCUGGCUCAUUUCCUACCUGAGAUUCAACUUCCACACUCCGUUGACGAGACACUCCCCAGCAAUAUUACGGAACAACGAAGCAAACAUUCCGAGAAACCAUUGUUUCUGUCUGGGCUGAAGCUUUCGGAAUUGGAAUGUCUCUUAUGUGUGUGUUGUCUGUUGGGAAAAUUGCGACCCCAGUUUUUUGGUGGUUUUUCAUCCGAGACUGAACGUGAAACCCAAGCUUUAGAGGUUGGCACAGAGCGCUUGCGUCAGAUUCGCCCUCGCCUCCAGUAUCUCAGUCGAAUGUCUCACGAAUAUGCUCAAUCAAUUGCCGAACACGUGGGGCGAAUCACUCAAAGUGAAGAGGAGAAAGCAAGGCUUACUGCUCAUUCUCUGGUUUCAAACAUUCAAACACUUGUGCGCAACUUCUUUCAUAAUCCACCAACUUUCAAGGCUUCAGUUUCCCUCUCUUGGACCCAGCCUACUGGAGCGUUAUCGCCAGGCUAUAAGCGUCCCGCCACAAGCACGGAAAUCGGAGGAACGCCCUUGACCCCGAACAAAGUUCGUCGCGAAAUACAGCGUUAUGUGCCACCUGUGGGUCAAUGGUCGCGUAAUAUUGGCUCAACAGGACAGACCAUCGCUCGAUUUCAGCACAAUCCUGUUGGACGAGGUUUUUAACCGGCUUUGAAGUUUGAUCUAGUUGUGUGGGGAACUUUCUCUCUACCUUUUUGUUUCCUGUAUAACUACUAGACUGUGCCUUUGGUUGCUUUUCAUGUAAAUUCUUAUGUAUCAUCUUCCCCGAGGUUCUUGUCCAUUGAAAAUUACUAUUCACAACUUGUCUUACAUUUCACAUUAGCGAGCGGUUGCGCCCAUAGUCCGCAUUGG